UAGAAAAAACAUAAAUAUCACUAAUUGUCUUCAUUUUAUGAGAUUUGCUGAACCAACAUCACAAAAAUGGCUGUAUACUUAUUGUUUCUUGUAUUGUUUAGAAAAUUUCAAAACAAUUAUGGAAACUGAAACACAAAUAAACGAAACAUAUGAAUUUAGUUUUGAUAAUGUUGUUGAGUUUAUAAAAAACGAUCAUUUGCUGGUUGAAUUUGAAGAAAAGAUCUUCGAUUUCAUUAUUAAAUGGAUCAAAUAUGAUAUAGAGGAACGAAGUAAAUAUUUAUCAAAUUUACUGAAUUAUUUGAGGUUACUUUUAAUUUCGAAAAAAGCAUUACUACAUAUCUGUGAUGAACCACUAAUGAAAAGCCAACAUGACUGUUUGAUACAUAUCAUGAAAAAUUAUAUAUCUGUCGAUGUUGAUGAAAAUAUUACAAAAACAACAAUAAGGACACCUCGUUUAUUAUCUUCGCAAUUAAAGGUCAAUCCAAUGCUGAUGAUUCUUAUAUAAUGUACAUGGAUCUGCGGUGCGAAAAUGAUCUUAAUUGGAAAUUAUGUGAUGAUUAUUCAUUUUUUUGUCCACCCCGUCGAAGUGCAACUUUGGCUGUUUUGGAAACUGGAAUUCUAC